UAUACAAAUAAAACUAAUCAAACAUAUGAGAAUCUGGAGACUCGGUUCAAUAAAAGGCACCCGUGUUCUACUUGCGGCAACAGUAUUAAUUAUGCCGUCUUCAAGAAACUACGCUGUUGCAUUACUUGCUCUAGCAGCUCUUCACAUUACCGCUGCUCCCCUGUGGGAUGACAAGGAUCCCGAGCAGAUCCUGUUCAUCGUGUCGCGCUGUAUGGAAGAAUGGUCCCGAUUGGCGAGCGAACCGCAAACCGCCCUGAAGAACUGGAUGAACUGGAAACUGGAACCGGCGAACGACCCAGCUACCCAAUGUUACACGACCUGUGUGCUGGAAAACAUCGGGUUCUACGAGCCCGCCGAAAAGAGGUUCAAGGGGGUUCGUGUGAUGCAACAAUGGGAGGUACACCAUCGACUAAUGACUGCAGAUCGCGAAAGUGUGCAUCGCCUGACGGAUGCGUUUGAUAUGGUUCCCACCCUAAAAUCGUCCAAAUGCUCGGAUGUGUUCAAUGCUUACCAAUAUAUUCAUGCUAACAACUUGGGCACGAUUCGAUCUAUUCUAUUCUGCGAUGGAAAGUCUGCCGAAAACUACUACAAGGAAAAGGGAGCGAAAAUCAAACAGAAAGGACAAUCUCUUUUCGAGUUCUGUGAGAAUAUAAACUAUCCCAUAGGCAGUCCACAACGAAGCCAGUUAUGCAAAAUCAGAAAAUAUGAAUUGGUGGAAGGAGAAAUAUUCGAUAAGCAUAUGGAAUGUGUCUUCAAAGGUUUGCGCUACAUGACGACCAAGAACGAAUUGGAUGUUGAGGAAAUCGCUAGGGAUUUCAGGCAGGUGGGAAAGCCGCUACACGAAGUGAAGGCUGUCUUGCGAAAAUGCAAGAGUGAGAUAACGGAAAAGGACCCAGGGAAACUAGCCGUUCACUAUUACAAGUGCUUACUGAAUGAUCCGAAAGUGGCGACAGACUUUAAGGAAGCGUUUGAUUAUCGCGAAAUUAGAUCCAAAGAUUACAUGGCGCAGCUCAAAGGGGAAUUGAAGCCAUACGAGAGAAGUGACGUACGUAAACAGGUGGACGAUAUCGACAAUAAACAGUGUGGCUAAUCGACGUUAAAAAGUGUUUGACAUCUGUAAAAACAGAUUUCCUUGAACUUCUCAGUCCAAUUUCCAAUCUUUAAAUGAAUUGAUAAAAACUAAUUAAAUAAAAAAAACCUUUUAUAGCUGACAUGCAUCUUA